AUGUCAGGUACAAUGUCUAGCCAUUCUAAAAGACAAAAGAAUCGUAUUCUUCGAAAUAAAGCAAGAAUCUAUUGCGAUGUCAACUAUAACAAACCAAAAGAAUAUUGGAACUACGAAGCUCUUACUGUAGAUUGGGGAUUACAAGAUGAUUAUGAAAUUGUAAGAAAGAUUGGUCGUGGAAAAUACUCUGAGGUAUUCGAAGGAGCUCACAGCAAGAACAACGAGAAAUGCGUAAUCAAAGUACUCAAACCAGUAAAGAAGAAGAAGAUCAAGAGAGAAAUUAAAAUCUUGCAAAAUCUCUGUGGAGGACCAAAUAUCAUUACAUUGUUGGACGUCGUACGAGAUCCACAGUCGAAAACACCAUCGCUCAUCUUUGAAUACAUUAACAAUACCGAUUUCAAACAUCUAGCGCCGACUCUCACCGACUUUGACGUGAGAUAUUACAUUUUGGAGUUGUUGUAUGCUCUCGACCACUGUCACUCGAAUGGAAUCAUGCAUCGUGACGUCAAACCAAGCAACGUCAUGAUCGACCACCAGAAACGAAAGCUUUACCUCAUCGAUUGGGGUCUCGCUGAAUUCUACCACCCCAACCAAGACUACAACGUCAGAGUUGCCUCUCGUCCAUACAAAGGACCAGAGUUACUCGUCGACAUGGAGGAUUACGAUUAUAGUUUAGAUAUGUGGAGUCUUGGAUGUAUGUUUGCAGGAAUGCUCUUCCAAAAAGAUCCAUUCUUCCACGGACAUGAUAAUAUUGAUCAAUUAGUAAAGAUUGUUAAGGUUUUGGGUACAGAUGAAUUUUAUGCCUAUUUAAAUAAAUAUGGAAUUGUAAUCGAUUCAACAUUACAAAGUAUUUUGGGAAAACACCCAAAGAAACCAUGGGCCAAAUUCAUCACCAAUGACAAUAAAAACCUUGCUGUACCAGAGGCAAUCGAUUUCUUGGAUAAAUUGCUACGUUAUGAUCCAGCUGAGAGAUUAACCACCAAAGAAGCUAUGGAACACCCAUAUUUCAAGCUUUUAGUUCACAACAGACAACAAAACUAA